UUCAAUCCAAUCACGAAACGAGACGAGACGGGAUGAGCAAAGAAUACCUACAUUGAGUGGGAACAGAACAGUAUGGAACCGUGAACGAACGUACUCGAAAAUUCACAACGGCUGAGGAUCGGAUGGUGAACACAUGCGGCUUAUAGUAGUUUAGGUAUAGCCUGCUGGUGAUGAUGGCACACGAUCGUGGAGAAGAACAUUCGUAGUACGAUUUAAAUCAUUUUUUGAGUGAUCCAGUGAGAUGUCAGUGCAGCUUGUGGGGAUGUGGAUAAGACAUUUUGUUCAAUUUAAAUAAUUUGUUAAUGUAUACUUUUUUCAUAAGCUUAUAUACAGUGCAGUGGGACGGUUCAUUGUGUUUUUGAGUUGCGGAAUGUGAAGAAAAAAAAACAGCGAAAAAAUAAAUUUCCAGUGCGCAUCGUUGUAUUAAAAUCUAAUGAUCAUCAAUGUUCGGUUUAAUGAGCUUGAGACGCGUUCCCCAAUUGAUUGUUUGAAUUACUGAUAGUUUCACUAAUUGAAGGAGGACUAUGCGUCAUUCCUAAGACUCUCAACCAAAUCUUCUCUGUGAGUGUUAGCAGUUUGGAAAAAUGUUCUCAGAUAAUCCCAACUACUUCGAUGAACAAGUCGCAACUCGAAGCAAGGAAUCGUCGGGGAAAAGCUUUUUCCUGUUCAAGAAACGCAACUCUUGCGGGAAGCUGGUAUCGCCAAAAGCGACAAACAAUGAACAGCCACGACGUCCGGAAAGCCUGAGAGGUUUGCUGAGGGUUCGCAGCAACAGCACGACGUCCUCAUCCCUGGGCAAAACAACUGAGGGCUCAGGACGGAAGCAUAGCACCCUGGAUUAUCGAAACUGCGGCGAGAACCGUAGAAUUGCCAGCAGAAUAGCUAUCAACCGAACAAAUUCAGAAAAUACCGAAGAUGAUGUUUUUGAAGCGAACAUAUCUAAUCAUUCGCCGGGAAACUUCGUGCCAUAUCCGGAAUCCGGUUCGACUGAGUCAAGGAGACAUUCAAUCGGAACAUUCGUUACCAAAGACCAUUUACGUAUGGGUUCGAUUUCAGAUGAGGUUCCCAAAGUGCUAGCCCCGAAAGCACCAGUAAACUUACGGAUGUCAGCAGGAACAAAUGAGAAUUCUUUUUCGACCUCCUCGGACGAUAUCCUGUUCGUUACAACACGGCACAACGAACAGGCGCUGCUGUGGGUUAAUCAUUUGAAAACAUGUUUUGACAAAAUAACCAAACAACGUGGCCGGCUCCCGUUCAACUUUUUACACCUGAAAAUUGACGAAGGUCAAAUCACGCCAGAUUUAGUGCAACGAUGCCUAUCAACCAAGCUGCAAAUCGUGAUUAUAUGCCCGACGUUGCUGUCGCUGAGCGCCCAGUAUUUGCUUUCCACGUUGGGAUCGUUGCUUAAGCCGGAGCGGGUCUUGGGAGUGCUGCUGGAUGUAACCGAGACACGCGUGUGGGAAAUUCACAAGACCACCUUUCCGGCCUACAACAAAUGGCGUACGUGCACUGUGGGAGAUCACGAACAAUCGUUUGUGAGUGAAUUGUUGGGCAUUGCCACCGACAUUCUUGGGCGCGCAUUACGCCAGCAGCCCCUCCUCUGCGUCGACCCGGCGACCGUGCUUCAAAAUUCGUCUGCUGCUGGUCCACAAAAGUCACAAACGCCUCACCAAAACCACGAGACGUUUACCCUGUUUCCCAGGAAGGUCAAGGUCGGCCAGAACAAGAUAAUAGUGAUUUUUGUGGAGCCCCUCGUGAAAGAUGACUGGAUCAAGAUUAAAGUCGAGAAAGGCAACGAAAUAAUCGAGAUAACCAACAUUAAGCGCCGAAAUCCGUACACCAUACAGUUCAGCAUACCAGAAUCUUGCAUGGAGAUAUCCAUGAUGAUUGGUAUCCGCUUGGAGAAGAAUAACGUGGACCUUGGCUGUCGGCCGUUGAAAUGUGAAAGCAGAAUCCGGGAACUGGAGCAGAUCCUGAAGGCCCAGGACGCCCCGAUGGAGUUCCUGUGCCAAUCGCUGGGCAUCGCUACGUCGGACCGGAACCGGCUGGAUACCUAUCUGUUGCAAUCAUUCCAGAAGAAUGUGCCACCCAAUUUCCACCUGCUCAACUCGACGGAUAACAGCGAAGGCGGACUCAAGAUGGCCCGAGAGACGAGUCCCGAGGAGUAUCCGACACUUUUACACUUCGCUGCCUAUUGGGGCUUGGAGCGACUCUGUCUUCAGUUGAUGGACUGCCCAGGAGGGGACAUUGCCUGCGAGAUUAGAAACAUUUCCGGUCGGACCCCCGUUGAUCUGGCCGAGCUAGGUGGUCACUACAAGCUCGCAAAAUCGUUCCGGAAUUUUUCGCAACUGCACGAGUUCUCAACAAUGUAUCACUACUUCAAAGGGAUUAGUGAUGCAUCGUCGGGCAAAGUUAUUAUCGAGCCUAAAUUAACAGCAACAGCAAUGUUCAGCAGCAAAAUCGGAAGCACAAAAACUGCCUCCAGUAAAGUUGAACACAACAGCAAACAGCAUCACCAAAGUGAAGGUUAUAUGGAAAUGAAUGGAAGUGGCAGUGAUAUUGAAUCUAGUCAAUCCGAAAACAUAAACUCAGUUGCAAAUUUGAACUAUCUCAAUCUCGAUGUGGCCGGGGGAAGUGGUGGGGGGCACGAUGAAGUCGAUUUCAUAUUUGAUCAAAAGAAACAAGCAGAAAAGGAUAAGGAUAUAUUGAAUAAUUUGAACAAUAGCAGCGAGGUGGAUCCAAUUGAUCAUAAUAUUUUAUUCAACGAGCUUAGAAUCACUGAACCAGAGUAUUACGAUUCAAAUGACAUUAACAGAAGCGACAGUUUCAGUCAAGAGUGUUCAAAUGUGUUAGAAAACUAUACCAUAUCGGAUAGUUGUGACUCGAACUAUCUUAUUCAACCUUCCAACGUCCCAGUGAAAAAAAUAGAUAACGAAAGUGAUUAUCUCAUUCAACCAUCCAAUAUCCCUGUGCACGAAUAUAGCAAUUUAGAUGUAAGCUCCGGUCUUGUAAGGAACAAAGAAUCAGAAAGCGGACGAGAAACUUCUCAUCUAAGGUUGAGUUUUAAAAAGAAAGAGUCACAUGAAUCCGGUAGCAAAUCCAAGAGUGGCACAUUGAAAAGGCAAGAAAGCAAUUCAUCGAAGAAAUCAGUUGAUGAUGAACUAUUGGAAAUUUUAUCCGACUUCAAAAAUAAUGUUUUCACCAUUAUGGAAGUUGAACAAUUGUUCGAUUCAUGGAAGUCUCGUAACGAUGUUCAGAAAAGUGUCUUAGACAAGCGUGAGCAACUACAACAGAUGCGUGAAGAGUACGAACGAAUUCAACAGCAAAUGAAGGAAAAAUUAAAAAGGCCCACACCAUUUGACAGAAUGAAAAGAAUUUUCUCGAGAAGUAAAAGCACCGAUUCGAAGAAAAAUAGCCCUAUCGAAGGUGUUCCCGUCGACGUUUGCGAUGAUAUUAAAUUUUCUUUAUUGACUCCUGCUGCCUCGAGCUCCUCACAUCGUCCCAUUAGUUCCUCGAGUCUGCAUAGUAUUUCGAGUGGUUCAUCGGGGCGCGUGAGCAUCCUUAGCAGUGCCAGUUUCGGAGACAGUGGAACACAUUCUGAUUCUGAAGAGAGGCGAGCGGGAAAUCCAAGCUUCAAUGCCAAUCGGACGCCAAGACUAAAUAGUUUAAUGGACAACUACAUGAUCCCUCCAGCACCCAGGCCAUUCAUAACGCCAUCGUCGACACCAACGCCAGUAGAAGAAAAAGAUAUACCGAAUUUCCCUCCCAAUAAUAAUGAUGCUGCAGAACACUACACUUGUAUUCCCUCGAACAAACCGAUCUAUCCAGACAGUAUUUAUCCAUACGAGAAUUGUUCCAUGCUCAUGUCGAUUGAUGAAACCAAAGAGACGGAAACAGCUGUGCAACCUAUCAAAGUGCAGAGAUCAGAGAUUAUUUAUACUAAACUAGCAGACAUAAGACCAACGAUGAGUUCAUUCAAAAACAACCACUCCAAAGAAACAGCACAAUCUCACGAUAGCGGUAGUUAGGAGAAAAAUUUUAUAUCGAUAUUUUUAUAUUUCAUAUUGCACUGAUUUAGAUAGACCACAAACAGUAUAAUAAUAAAAAAUAU